AUGCCACGUGGCUGGCCAAGAUCCACUGCAAAAGGAUCAAAACCCAGAACACAUCCACAGAAAAUCAAGAAGUUUUGGACACACACAAUUCCAAUGGCAUCCCUUGCAACAUUUGCUGCAGUGCAGCCCACCACUGUUAAGGGCCUUGCCUGGAGCUCACUUGCUGGAACUAAGCUCAAUGUCAAGCCAUCUCGCCGAAGCUUCAAGCCCACAAACUACAGAGCUGGAGCAGUGAUUGCAAAAUAUGGAGACAAGAGUGUGUACUUUGAUUUAGAGGAUUUGGGCAACACCACCGGCCAAUGGGACUUGUACGGAUCUGAUGCACCUUCACCAUACAACCCCCUCCAGAGCAAGUUCUUCGAGACAUUUGCAGCUCCAUUCACCAAGAGAGGUGUAUUGCUCAAGUUCUUGAUAUUGGGAGGCGGCUCCGCCCUUGCUUACUUUAGCUCCACCGCAACAGGGGACAUUUUACCAAUUGUCAAGGGCCCACAACUUCCACCCAAGCCUGGGCCACGUGGCAAAAUCUAA